GCAGCCAUGCCGGGAAGUUUAAUUGGCAUUUUGUAAACAAAGACAGCUGAAAGCCUCCCCAGUGUUUAUUUAAUCGGAUGAUCAACGUAUUUCGAUAACAAUCAAUCAGAAAUAUAGUUUACAAACGAAUAUCAAGGUUCAGAAGAUUUUCUCACAGUUGAUUUGCCAACUCUGUCUGAUCUACAGCAAUGGAUUAUGUGACGGGAUGGAUGCUUGAUGCAUUCAACAUGAGUAAAACAGCAGCAAGAGGAUUAUUGUCUGGCUUGACGACAUCUGACAGAUUGUCUGCUAGGAUUGCUGAAUUGGAGGCUGAGUUGGAAGCUGCUAAAACUAACCAGGGGAAUGCGGAGGUCAGGUCCAGUUCUUCAGGUUUGGGCUCUCUCGGGAUGUGUCGUCAACAUGUUUGUGCUGCCUGCUUGAAGCCAAGUUAUACUUGUGUGCAACUAGAGGGGAGCAGCGUGGAUCCAGAAGACUACAUCGGUCUCUUCCCAGAAUCCUCAUCACCUUGUAGUGCAAGGUUGUUGAGCAGCUCCAAGUCGAACUCUGGUACUCAUUCCCACGGGCCUGCGGUGUCCGAGGUUUCGUCAUUUGUCAGCGAGAAGGCAAAAGGCAAAGAGUAUGCCCCUCCUGAUAUGCUCGCGGUCGGCGGGACUCUGUUGCCUGAGAUCACUGUUGAGGCUCUGAGGAGCGUGAAGCUCAAGAGGACAGGCGGCCCCGACCUGAGGUCAAGAAUCAAUGAGAACGGAAACCUCUCUGCCAAGGUUAAGCCGCUUGCGCCCAGCAAUCAGCCUGUAGUCACUCUGGCAGCGCUACAGCGUGUGUCGCUGAGGAAAACAUCGCAUGUCGUCAAGAGUCACGGUGACUGCGUUGAAGAUGACCUGAGUCGGAAGGAGAAUGAGAACUCUGGUGACGGUACCAUGGUCGACAUCCGCAAAGUUCUCAAACGAACAACCCUACAAAGGAGUCCUGGAGGUACUCCCAUGACAAGCAAGAGGACCAGAUGUUAG